AUGAGCCGGUGGCGAAUGGUCAUUGGCAAUGGAUCUAGUGGGAUUCAGAUACUCCCAGAAAUGGCGAAACUUCCAGGCACGACUGUCACCUCUUUCCAAAGAGGCCCGACUUGUAAAGUCUCACGCCAUCAGCCUGCGAAGCUCAUAGGUAGAGAUGAUCCAAAUCCGAACCCGGAAUAUCUUCCAGAGGAGAAAGAAAAGCUCCGUGAUCCGGAAGAGAUGAAGAAGUGUCGCAAGAACAUCCAGGGUACGAUGAACAGGAAUUUCAGGCUUUUCAGAAAGGGCUCCGAGUAUAAUGCUGAGAUGACAGAGUUUGCAACCAAGCAGAUGGCGGAGAAGCUGAACCAUGACCCAGUGCUGUGCGAGAAGCUGAUUCCUAAGUAUGAGCUGGGAUGUCGAAGAAUAACGCCGGGAAGCGGAUAUCUGGAGGCCUUCACGCAGUCCAACGUGCACUUGACGAACAGUGAGAUUAAGUGGAAGGAUGAACCCGAGAGCUACAUCUCUCUGGCAUGUCCUGACAUGCCAAACAUGUUCUUCACGGGCCCGAAUGCCACAGUUGGCCACGGAAGUCUGAUAUUCUCAUUGGACUGGUCCGCGGAAUGGAUGCUGCGGUGGAUUGGGAAAGUGGCCCAUGAAGAUAUUGCAUCAAUUGCGCCGAAGCAGGAAGUCGUGGACGAGUUUUGUCGCUACAGCGACCAAAUCCACAAGACUCUUACAUGGACAGGAGGCUGCCGUUCGUGGUACAAGGCGAACCGCGUAAACGGUCGCGUGACUGCGACAUUCGCUGGCAGUGCCAUCCUGUACGAGAAACUAGUCAAUGCCGAGCUCAGAGGCGAAGACUUUGACAUUCGUUACAGGAGCGCAAACAGGUGGCGUUUCCUGGGGAAUGGCUUUACGCAAUAUGAGCUGGAGCCUGGCAACGACCUGGCAUACUACAUACCGUAG